UUCCCAGCAAUCAGCGGCAGUUGAUCUCGAACGCAACUAAAGUCGGACAGACUUGUUAACUGGCUUGCAUUGUUUUAAACCCCAGCAUGCAUCUAGUCAAGCUCCGCAGCACCACCACGUGAAAUCGAGCUUACAUAUUGGCUUUGUGGUGGAGCCUUUAUUGUGAUGGUCUCAAACCGGAAGUGUGGAUAUCGCGGCUGGCGAACAUAAAGCUGCAGAAGAGCAAAUAAAAGCUGUAGCAGUUGUAAAAAAAGUUUGAGUCCUAAGGUUAACAGUGAUCUUCAGACGGGUUGCGGGGCUGUUUUCACGGCUAGCUCCUCACAAGAUGGCUCCAACUAACGUCAUUCAUCGGUACUCUUCAGAAGCGGGGUACAAAUGUCCGUUAGAGUCCGAGCUACAAGCAGUGCUGCAGCAAAGGAUUAUGGUCCUGGAUGGUGGGAUGGGAACCAUGAUCCAGCAGCAUAAGCUUGAAGAAGAAGAUUUCCGAGGGGACGAGUUUAAAGAGCACCUGCUUCCAUUGAAGGGGAACAACGACCUUCUUAGUAUCACACAGCCUGAUAUAAUUUACAAAAUCCACAAGGAGUACCUGCAGGCCGGUGCUGAUAUCAUAGAGACCAACACAUUCAGCAGCACUUCCAUCGCUCAGGCAGACUAUGGACUGGAGCACAUGGCUUAUCGUCUUAACAGGGUGUCAGCAGAGUUGGCGAGGAGGGCAUGCAACGAUGUCACCAAAGAAACUGGUUGUAAACGCUAUGUGGCUGGUGCAGUGGGUCCUACCAAUAAAACCCUGUCUGUAUCACCUUCUGUGGAAAGACCGGACUUCAGGAACAUCACAUUUGAUGAGCUAGUAGAGGCCUACUCGGAGCAGGUCAGAGGUUUACUAGAUGGAGGAGCAGACAUCCUUCUGGUUGAAACCAUCUUUGACACUGCUAAUGCUAAGGCUGCCUUGUUCGCCAUUGACCUGCUGUUUGAAAAGAGUUAUGAAAGAAAACCUAUAUUUAUCUCAGGGACCAUCGUUGACCGGAGUGGACGAACUCUGUCUGGUCAGACAGGAGAGGCCUUUGUAGUGAGUGUAUCCCAUGCUAAACCACUGUGUAUUGGUCUAAACUGUGCCUUGGGGGCGACAGAGAUGAGACCAUUCAUUGAGGCCAUUGGAAAAAGCACCAUGGCUUUCAUCAUCUGUUAUCCAAAUGCUGGUCUUCCCAACACAUUUGGGGGAUAUGAUGAAACUCCAGAAAUAACAGCCUCCAAUUUAAAGGAGUUUGCUAAAGAUGGACUAGUGAAUAUUGUGGGAGGCUGUUGUGGGACCACUCCAGGACACAUCAGAGCCAUAUCUGAGGCAGUCAGAGACUGCCAGCCAAGAGCUCCUGCUGCUGAUAUUUAUCAAGACUACUUGCUGCUCUCAGGUUUAGAGCCAUUCAGGAUUGGCCCGUAUACUAACUUCGUAAACAUUGGCGAGCGAUGCAACGUGGCUGGGUCACGCAAGUUUGCCAAGUUGAUCAUGGCAGGAAACUAUGAGGAGGCACUAACUAUUGCUAAGGCCCAGGUGGAGAUGGGAGCCCAGGUGCUGGAUAUAAACAUGGAUGAGGGGAUGCUGGAGGGGCCGACAGCCAUGGCCCGGUUUUGUAACUUCAUUGCUUCUGAGCCAGACAUUGCACGGGUUCCUCUGUGUAUUGACUCCUCUAACUUCUCAGUGAUUGAGGCUGGGUUGAAAUGCUGUCAGGGGAAGUGUAUUGUCAACAGUAUCAGUCUGAAAGAAGGAGAAGAGGAGUUUCUGCUGAGAGCUGCCACUGUGAAGCGCUACGGAGCUGCUGUGGUGGUCAUGGCCUUUGAUGAGGAGGGACAGGCCACAGAUACAGACCGCAAAGUGGAGAUCUGCAGUCGAGCCUACAAGCUACUGGUCACCAAAGUGGGAUUUGACCCCAACGACAUCAUCUUUGACCCCAACAUCCUCACCAUAGGUACAGGCAUGGAGGAACACAACGACUAUGCUGUCAAUUUCAUCAGGGCUACCAAGCUUAUCAAGGAGACCUUACCAAGAGCCAGGGUCAGUGGAGGUCUGUCCAACCUGUCCUUCUCCUUCAGAGGAAUGGAGGUCAUCAGAGAAGCUAUGCAUGGAGCAUUUCUCUACCACGCUAUCAAGGACGGUAUGGAUAUGGGGAUAGUGAAUGCUGGAAACUUGCCGGUGUACGAUGACAUCGAUAAAGAGCUGCUGCUACUGUGUGAAAACCUUAUCUGGAACAGAGACGCUGACGCCACUGAGAAACUACUGGCCUAUGCACAGAACAAUGUGAAGGGAGGGAAGAAGAUAGUUCAGACAGAUGAGUGGAGAGCAGGAAGUGUGGAGGAGAGGUUAGAGUACGCUCUAAUCAAGGGAAUAGAGAAGUAUGUAGUGGAGGAUGUGGAGGAGUGUCGUGCUCAGGUUGACCGCUACACUCGACCCCUUCACAUUAUCGAGGGCCCCCUUAUGAAUGGCAUGAAGGUGGUUGGAGAUCUCUUUGGAGCUGGGAAGAUGUUCUUGCCACAGGUGAUCAAGUCAGCUCGUGUUAUGAAGAAGGCCGUGAGUCAUUUGAUUCCUUUCAUGGAGAAGGAGAGGGAGGAGAUGAUGGCAUCAUCAGGGUCAACUGAGGAUACGGAUCCCUAUCAGGGCACCAUAGUUCUGGCUACAGUGAAGGGAGACGUCCAUGAUAUUGGCAAGAACAUCGUAGGUGUGGUGCUGGGGUGUAACAACUUCAGAGUGAUUGACCUGGGUGUGAUGGUUCCCUGUGAUCAGAUCCUCAGACAGGCCAUCACAUACAAAGCAGAUAUCAUUGGCUUGUCUGGUCUCAUCACACCCUCUCUGGAUGAGAUGAUCUAUGUGGCCAAAGAGAUGGAGAGACUGGGAAUGACAACACCACUGCUGAUUGGAGGAGCCACCACAUCAAAGACACAUACAGCAGUGAAGAUCGCCCCUUGUUACAGUUGUCCUGUUGUACAUGUUCUGGACGCCUCCAGGAGUGUGGUGGUGUGUUCCCAGUUGCUGGAUGAGACAGUAAAGGAAGAGUACUUUGAUGACCUGAAAGAGGAAUAUGAGGAGAUCAGGCAGGAGCACUAUGACUCUCUGAAGGAUCGUCGAUAUCUGUCUCUUUCCCAGGCCAGAGAGAAGGCUUUACAUAUAGACUGGCUCUCUCUGCCCAGACCAGUGCAUCCUCAGUUUCUGGGCACCCGUGUGUUUCAGUGGUAUGAUCUGAACAGUUUGGUGGACUUCAUUGACUGGAAGCCUUUCUUUGACGUGUGGCAGCUGAGAGGAAAGUACCCCAACAGAGGUUACCCCAGGAUCUUCAAUGACAAGACUGUUGGUUUGGAGGCUCGUCGAGUCUUUGAUGAUGCCCAGCAGCUGCUCAGCCAGAUGAUUGACAGCAGCAGUCUCAAGGGGCAAGGCCUGGUGGGAUUCUGGCGUGCCCAGAGUGAUGGCGAUGACAUCAAUGUGUACAAAGAUGAUGGCACAGUGCGCAGAGACACCAAACCCAUUGCCAGAUUCCAUGGCUUACGGCAACAGGCGGAGAAAGACGGCUCCAGUUCAGAGCCCUGCCUAUGUGUAUCUGACUUUGUGGCCCCUGUGGACAGCGGUGUAGCCGACUACAUUGGUGUGUUUGCUGUGGGUGUGUUUGGAGCUGAGGAGCUGAGUCAGCAGUUCCAGGCUCAGGGCGACGACUACAGCAGCAUCAUGGUCAAAGCUCUGGCUGACCGCCUGGCUGAGGCAUUUGCUGAGGAGCUCCAUGCUCGUGUGCGUAAGGAGCUGUGGGGCUAUAAUGCUGAUGAAGCUCUGCAGGCCUCAGACCUCCACAGAGUUCGAUACCAGGGCAUCAGACCAGCAGCUGGCUAUCCCAGCCAGCCUGACCACACUGAGAAGACCACCAUGUGGAGACUGGCUGGUAUUCAGGACAAGACGGGUAUUGGUCUGACAGAGUCCCUGGCCAUGACGCCUGCUGCCUCAGUGUCUGGACUUUACUUCUCCAACCCUCAGGCCUCAUACUUCGCUGUGGGAAAGAUCACCAAGGAGCAGGUGGAGGACUAUGCCAGGAGGAAAGAGAUGAGUGUGGAGGAAGUGGAGAGAUGGCUGGCUCCUAUACUGGGUUAUGACAGUGAGGUGUAGAGUGUGACUGCUCCACAGAGGGAUCAGAGCAGGCUGACACUAACAGAGAAUCAGGUUUACAAUCCAGCCAUUCCACUGUGGGUCACACAGGUUCUCACUGUGGCUGCUUACACUGGGAUUCAUUGACAUGUUAUAUUCUUUACUUCUGUGCAAACACACUAGGCCUUAUCAUUUUACAUUUUUACUGUACAUUUCAGAAUGGGUUGCAAACUUUUUCUUCAGUCCUCUAUGCCAGCAGGUUAUGACUUACUUAUUAUAACUUCCUGUUGUUCAACACUACAAACAAUGAUUGAAUCCUCUCUAAAAUGAAUUUCCUGGUAAUUAAUGGAGGAGGGAGAUGGAGACAGCGACAGCAAUGUAACCUGGUUGCUACAGUUUUAUUAAAACUGUUACAACCUGUUAGUCACUAUAAAGACUGCAAGCAGGGGGAAAUGGCUAGAAUGGCUGUGUGUCCAAAGUUAAGAAGUAAACCUACCAACACCUCUGAAACUCACUGAGUAACAAGGUGGAUCUCAUCUGUUUAAUUUCUACAUAAAUGGCCAUCUGCCCAGUACCUCAGAAUCUCUGCCUAUAGCAGUCAGUGAACAUCUGUUCUGGUUUUGGUCUCUGUACAGACACAGUGGUACCAAACUUCACAACUUCACUGUGAUGAUAAGAGUCCAAAACAGCCACAGUACCUGGCUGUGGUGUUGUGUUAUCAGUGAGCUUUAGAAGUGUUGGUAGGUGUAUUUCUGUGGUCAGAGUCAGGCUCUUUGUCUGUAUGCUAAGCUAGGCUAACCAUGUCCUGACUCUAGCUUUGUAGCUAAUGCUCAUACUCUCACUCUUAGAAAGUGAAUAAGAAUAUUUCCUAAAAUGUUGAAUUCAAUUUCAUGAUAAUUUGUUUUACACAGCUUUUAAAGAAAUUUGCUUCUAAACAAGACAAAGAAAAAAUCACAGUACCAGCUUUAUACUUAUGUGGUACAGACAAAUUCACAUGCCAUUAUGUAAACAAAAUCCAGCAUGUACAAAUGAAAUCUAAUCACAGUACAACCAUACAGGAAACUAUGGACACAUGGUUUCUGAAUGUUACUAAUUUCAGUUUUAGAUUUGCAUUUUGAGGUGAGAGUUGAGCUCUUUGCUCACAAAUUGUUUUUUUUUCUUUUGUUAAUAGUUUUUUUUUUGGGGGUGGGAUGGGGGUUUAAUCUCUUCUUUUUAUCAUGUUAUUGUUCUUAUGUAUGCUUUAACGUCAUUAACAUUUGUAUGGAGGCUGUAGUGUAAUUGUAAUUACUACAUUUUCAGUGGCUGAUUACUUGAAUUUUUGAUUUUUGAUUAAAGGAUGCAGUUAAAAAAACUUGAGGUUAAAUAUUCCAUUGAGUGAAUGAUAAAGUUCUCAGUCAUAAUUGUAACAUGAAGGUAGGAGACAAAUACAGUUGUAGUGAUGUGGAGGUGUAGUGCAGUGUGUCAGUACACUGUGACAUCAUCACCGUGGGCUGUUGGUUACAGGCAGUGACUGGCUGUGGAUAGAGAGCAGUAAAAUCCUAUCUUCCAGCCUGUUGUUACAUCAUUUAUCAUUCAUUCAUUCAUCAUUCAGAUACUGAAUAUUAAAAACAUGAACUACUUAAAUGAGAUAAAUAUAUUUUUUAAAUGAAUUACGCCAGUUUAUUGAUAACUGUGUCAGUCCUAAGAGAAGCUGUUAUCAUUCACUUCAGACUUUCAGACAUGUGAAGCUACAACAAGAAAUUAAUUCAACCUCUUUCCAUAGAUACCAUGUGUCACAUUGAUACACUGUCAGUGUGAUUUCAAUAAGAGUUCAGUUUAUUAGCUGGAUCUGGUCUUUGAUUGGCUGGUUGGUCAAUAAUCACUGCCUGUCAGUCAUUUCUGAGGGGGUGUUCUAUGAACUAAAUGACAUAUGGUUCUAAAUGGUUUGUCCUCCAGACGUCACCUCAUAAUGAUCAGGAAUCAAUACAUUGGGACAAAAUUACAGAUGAAUGUGGGUAUUUUAAUUAUUGUUUACUUAAAAACUGUUAAUGUAAUUUCAAAGAUUCAGUAUUCUUACUGUACCAUCAUGUAACAUGGUUGGUAAAAUCAAACAAUUUUAUGCAAAAACAAACUGGUGGUUCACAAAACAAUGAUCAUGAAUCAUUCAUGUGUUUCAGGUAGAAUGUUCAGAGGUUUGAUGUAAACUGUGUCAACCCUUUGCAACAUCCCCGGUUAUUUCAGUUCCCUCAGUGUCUUGUUCCCCAGUUCAGCUGUUUACACUGAUGUACAACUAGUUGCUUAUUGAUGUACACAUAUUGUUUACCAUGUUUUGUCAACAUUUUAUCAUGUAUGGAAUAUACAACAUAUCUACUUGGUCCAGGAUCCAGAAACAAACAAUCCAGGUUUUUCUGUAAAAUUGGCUUACCUGUGUCUGAAAGCUCUGAUGUGCUGCUUUGUAUGAAACUUGAUCGUUUUCAAUCUGUUUUACUUUCUUACUUUUAAAAACAGACAAAUGAUGGUGGCAUUUCAAACACUGUAAAUCAGCACUGACAUGACAGUGUUCUUUUAUUAAAGAUACUUGUUUCAACAUAA